AUCACGUGUUAAGCACCCGACUAUCUAUUAGGCCUAUCGCGUCUAGCAAGCGCGAAUAAUGUCAAACUUUGGCGUCGAUUGGAUUAUCGAAACACUUGUUUCAGCUCGGAAAACUCCUGGAAAACAGGUUGCUAUCCCAGAGACCGCCAUACGUCAGCUCUGUCAAUCAGCUCGACAAAUUCUUUUAGACCAGCCCGUUCUUCUCGAGCUCAGCGUUCCGAUAAACAUUGUCGGAGACUUGCACGGCCAGUUCGACGAUUUCUUGUGCCAAUUGGAAAGCAUCGGUUAUCCGCCUGACGAGAAUUAUCUUUUCCUAGGAGAUUAUGUUGACCGUGGUAAGCGGUCACUGGAGACUAUCUGUCUUGUUCUCGCAUUCAAGGUCAAAUAUCCACAGAAUUUUUUCUUGUUGAGAGGCAAUCACGAGAGUGCAAGCAUCAACAGGAUCUAUGGGUUUUAUGAUGAAUGCAAGAGACGGUACAACAUUAAACUGUGGAAGACGUUUACCGACUGUUUCAAUUGUUUGCCUAUAGCUGCCAUCGUUGAGGAUUCUAUCUUCUGUAUGCAUGGUGGACUAUCACCCGACCUCAAAGACUUAAACCAGAUUCGAGAGAUUGAACGACCACUUGAUGUUCCUGACUGUGGACUCAUUUGUGACCUUCUUUGGUCAGACCCAGAUGAUGAUAUUACUGGUUGGGGUGAGAAUGAUCGUGGAGUUUCGUAUUGUUUUGGAGGUGACGUUGUUGUGGAGUUCUUGGAGAAACACAAGUUUUCUGUUAUUGCUAGAGCACAUCAGGUCGUUGAGGAUGGCUACCAGUUCUUCCAGAAGAGAAAGUUGGUCACGUUGUUUAGUGCUCCAAAUUACUGCGGAGAGUUUGACAAUGCGGCCUGUAUCAUGUCUGUAUCACAAGACUUGGUCUGCAGCUUCCACAUCAUGAAACCCAACAUUACAAAACCUUUGACAUCAUCACGCAAUAAGAAAACACGAUAAUCCCUCGUCUGGAUGUAUAGCAAUAGAGUGAGAUAUGUGUACGCGUUAGCGGUGACGUCUAAUGGUUUAGAUGGUGCAACAUUUUUGAAACUAUUUUUUAUGUUUUGGUUUCUAUUGAUUAAACUUUAUUUUUUAUUAGAUUUUUACAAAUGUAUGUAAUACACCGACCCAUGCAUUCUGUAAGCCUCAACCUAUAGGCAUAACAUUCAAUCUAAAAAUUCU